UCAACAAGGCAGAGUAAGAGAAAGGCAACGCAAGAAGCAGCAGAGAAGACCAAGACUGCCGCAAAGGUCCAAGCCAGGAAAAGAGCAAAAAAGGCUUCCCUUUCAUUCCUCCCAAGCUCCGACGAGGCCGAAAAUGCUCCAAAUCGACUUGGAAACCUUCCACGAGAGAUCUUCGACGAAAUCACGUCCCUACUAGAGCCCGAUGCAUUGACCUGCCUGAGUCUCACCUGCAAACCGAUUCUGAACGUUGUGGGAAGAAAACCGUGGACCGAAUGUCACACCAAACGCCAGGUUUAUUACGACCGGACCUCCAAUUUCCGACGAAGAUUGAUCCCUCUCCUCCAUCGCGACGCACCACAUAUGAUCUUCUGUGCUUGGUGCAACACUUUACAUCCUCCACUCAAGCCGCCGCGCGAACACAGAAAAACAAAGUUGACAAAACACUGCUUCGGGCAAUGGAGUACCAUUGACUACCUGAAAGGGUACAGCCUCCUUUGGGAGCAUAUCGAGGAGGCUCGCGAGAACUUGGUCCUUGAAUCUACGGACGAGAUUGGUUUUCCCAUGGAGCUUUUGAGUGGGAAUUAUACCGUGCAACACGAACGGCUCAACUACACCUUGACCUCCUCUGGACGCCAAAUCGGGGAGAACUUGAUCCUCAAACAUCAACACAUCUUCCGUGGUAUUAAGGCUCAAUCCCCUCUUCAAAUGAAAAAUAUUAUGGCUCUCCCAGUUCGCCUGUGCCCACAUCAAACCACCAGCACCGACAAACCAGAACCAAAUCGCUACACGAAUGGUCGCCUUCCAAGUGGCCUUUUGACCCAUUCCAUUUCAAGAGAAAUCCCGUCUUCGCUUCGGGCAGGUUUGCCGUCCCCCCACUUGUUCAGGGACGCCACGUCCAGUGAAAAGAGACAGAUGGAUUCCGCUGUUCCUGGCACCAAGGCUUUGUGGACUUGUCGAGGUUGUCCAACGAAAUGGCAUGUCCAAUACACCGGCGCAGGUGGUCGGGAGUUGAAAAUUACGGCAUGGCAUAGCUUUGGAGAUACUGAAUACCACGCACGGCAGUAUUGGAAGAUGCUUGUGAGGAGAGAGGUAGCAAAUUUGGGAGAUGAAAAGAGGAACAGUGAAUUUUUCUCGACUACUAAGCAAUAUCUGGAUUUU